CUACCCUUCAACUUCUAAAGAUCACUCCUUUACAUCCACCACUAUGUCCAAACGCAUCAUCAUCACCGGUGGCUCCGGCAAAGCCGGCCAAUUCAUCAUUGCCCACCUCCUCGCCCAGAACUACGACAUCCUCAACCUGGACCUGAACCCACUUACCGCUCCCCUCAGUAACAAAGUCCAUACCCUCAAAGUUGAUCUCACCGACAACGGCCAAGUCCAUGGCGCCCUGCACUCCCAUUUCCAUCUCACCGAACCCUUCCGUGAACCCCUCCGCCAGGUCCCCGAUGCCGUCAUUCAUCUAGCUGGGUACGCACGGAACAUGAUCGUUCCUGAUAACGAGACAUUUCGAGGCAAUACUCUCUCCACCUAUAAUGUGAUCGAAGCCGCAUGUCGGAUAGGCGUACCGAAGAUCAUAACUGCCAGUUCACUCUGCGCGUACGGGGUUGCUUUUGCAGAAGGGGAUGUCGAUUAUCCUUCGUUCCCGGUUGACGAGGAGGUAGAUACCAACCCGAUGGACGUGUAUGGUCUGACGAAAGUGAUUGGGGAACGUACAGCACGGAGCUUUGCUCGGCGAUUCGGGACCGAUAUCUAUGUCAUGCGACUGGGCGCUAUUGUCGCGCCGGAGGAAAUGCGGAGUCGGUUUGAGGAGUACGUGCAUUCGCCGAAGCAGUACAAGGUGCAUGGAUGGGCGUAUACGGAUGCCAGAGAUAUCGGGCUGAUGUUUGAGCGGGGCAUUGUUACGGAUGGAUUGGGGUUCCAGGUCUUUAAUGCGGUGAAUGAUGAGAUUACCAAUACUGCGAGCACGGCGGAGUUCUUGCAGAAGAUGUGCCCCAAUGUUCUGAUUACGAGGGAGAUGGGGGAGAAGGAGGCCCCAGUGACUAAUAGAAAGAUGAAGGAGUUGUUGGGCUUUGAGCAGAAACACCGGUGGCAGGAUGAUUGUCUUCAGAAGUGAAGGAUAAAUGGUGGUGCAGAAUAAGGUAUCCGAUGGGAGAUUAGGUCGAAGACAUAGAUAGCUGCCUCAUUCAUAACCAU